UUUAUCCACAAGAUCUUGUAAACACAAAAUUUUGACUGAUUUGCAAUCAGCCGUUUGAUUCAUAAUUUUUUUAUAUAAAUUAUCCCGUAACUCGGUAUACGGAAAUAUAAUCGAGUAGUAAAUUAACUGAAAAAACUCCGUUAGUGUUGCUUUAUACAAGUCGUCUGAAAAAAUGUUAUUCUGCCCAACGUGCGCCAAUAUGCUGAUGGUGGAAGAAGGUCCAGAAUCCGCACUAAGGUACGCUUGCAACACGUGCCCUUAUGUUUACAAUAUUAGGAAGAAAGUGUCGUCCCGUACAUUUCCGAAACUGAAGGAAUUAGACUAUAUUAUGGGAGGAGCGGCUGCCUGGGAGAACGUAGAUUCGACUGACGCUGUGUGCCCUAAGUGUGGUCACGGCAGAGCUUUCUUCAUGCAACUGCAGACUCGGUCAGCAGAUGAACCUAUGACAACAUUUUACCGUUGCUGCAAUCACAAGUGUGCUCACAAUUGGCGUGAUUAGUAUGUAAGAAAAUGGGGAGAAGCUGAACAUUUAAGUGAUCAGCUGUUGCAACACCUGCUCCCGGGGCCUGUUACUGUGGUGUUAACAAAAACCAAAAACUUAGACAAUCCUUAUUUAAAUCCAUCCACUAUGAAGAUUGGCAUAAGAAUACCUAACCAUGACUUCAUUAAUAAGAUGACGAAAAUUUUUAACAUGCCAGUUGCACUGACAAGUGCCAAUUUUAGCAAUGAACCAUCCACUCUGUCCAUAAAAGAAUUUGAACAUUUAUAUGAUCACCUUGGUGCAGUAUUCGAUGGAGGGAUCCUCAGUAAAGGCUUGGAUCAGAAUAGAACUGGCUCCACAGUCAUAGAUUUAUCAAAUAAAGGGUUCUAUGAAAUCAUAAGGCGA